GAGUGGUGAAAUGGGGCCAGAGAGAGAGGAAUCUAAGCUGACAGCUUCUUUUAAUAGAGCAUGAUUAACUCAGCUGCAGAGCAGGAGAAGCAGUGAAAUACUGCAGGAUUUUCACCUCGAAAUUCUGAUGUACAUGUUGAGGAUUUUACUAUCAUGUCGACAGUAUAUCUUUUUUUAAAAACAUGUUUCAUAAUGGGCCAGCGACCGAAAACAACACUGCAUUUUUUACUGUUUUGUUUCCUUUUCAACGCUUCGCUGGGAGAAGUCCGUUAUGUUCUUCCAGAGGAGAGGCAGCAGGGGUCGGUUAUCGGGAAUGUUGCGCGGGAUCUGGGACUGAAAGUGACGGACCUUGGUGCUCGUCGAGCCCGGGUUGUUGCAGAAGGCACUAGGCAGUUGUGCGAAAUGGACAAUACGUCGGGUAACCUUUUGAUCAGCCAGCGGAUAGACCGAGAGGAGCUGUGUGCACAAGCCAGUGUUUGCAUCCUUCAGUAUCAGCUUUUACUCGAAGAUCCUCUUCAAGCAUACAGCCUAGUUUUGGAUAUUGCAGAUAUAAACGACAACAACCCAGUAUUUGCUGCAGAAGAAACAAAACUAGAUUUAGUCGAGUCUACCGUUCUUGGCAGACGUUUUCCAUUAGAGAGCGCACACGAUCCUGAUCUGGGUACCAACUCCAUCCGGGAAUACAAACUGAGUCCAAAUGAACAUUUUGCUCUGGAAAUGAGCAGCCACAUAAACGGUAAUGCAUAUCCAGAACUAGUUCUAAAAAAGGUUUUGGACCGGGAGGCACAAGCUGAACACGUGCUGAAAAUCAAUGCAAUUGACGGGGGAAAACCAGUCAGAUCAGGAACUGCUUCUAUCUUCAUCCGCGUGUUGGACGCCAAUGAUAAUGUCCCAGUUUUUAGUCAACGAGUUUACAAAGCCACUGUGUCGGAGAACUCGGCCAUAGGGACUGUCAUAGCCACACUGAAUGCCACAGACUUGGAUGAAGGUGUUUAUGGGAAAAUAACAUACUCUUUCAGUCACCUGUCAGACAAGAUGGGAGGGGUUUUUGAAAUUAACCCCGACAGUGGAGAAGUUCGGGUGGCAGGUGUUAUUGACUUUGAAGAUGCUAGCACGCACGAACUGGAUGUCCAGGCCAAAGAUGGAGGUGGUCAGGCCUCUCACUGUAAACUUGUUAUUGACAUUAUUGACGUCAAUGACAAUAAACCUGUCAUAGAAAUAAAGUCAGCAUCUGCUAGUGUGGCUGAAGACUCUAAACCAGGGACUAUGGUUGCUCUGAUUUAUGUUUAUGACUUGGAUACUGGAAGCAGUGGACUGGUCACAUGUGUAAUCUCAGGCAAUGUUCCUUUUAAACUUGUAUCAGAGGUCAAAAACUACUUCAUGUUAAUGACUGAUGGAAUAUUAGACAGAGAAAUUGAGCCGGAGUAUAACAUCUCAAUUGUCGCCACUGAUGGGGGCUCUCCCUCCCUCUCCAGUGUCAAAGUGAUACAGGUUGCUGUGAAUGAUAUUAAUGACAACCCUCCCACUUUUAUGCAGAACGACUACAUUGCCAACAUCUUGGAAAACCAACCCGUAGGCACAUUUGUGAUGAAAGUGAUAGCACAAGAUACUGACGCCGCAUCUAAUGCUAAAAUACGUUAUCAAAUAUCAAAGCACACCAAGUCAGAGGAGUUCUCUUUUCUUACAAUCAACUCAGAGACUGGGGAGCUCUUCACAGCACGUCCAUUUGAUUAUGAGAACUCGGUUCACUUCCAGAUUAGGGUGUCAGCUCAAGAUGGAGGCGAUCCUCCACUUUCUUCUACCUGUACAAUAAACGUUUUUGUCAAGGACCAAAAUGACAAUGCACCUGUUGUCUUAUAUCCAGUCCAAACAACUGGGUUCAUUGCUGAAGAUAUGGUGCCUCUUGAAGCACCUAGAGGUUAUCUGGUUACUAAGGUGGUAGCAGUAGAUGCCGACUCAGGUCACAAUGCUUGGCUUUCUUAUAAAAUAAUGAAAGCCACACAGCCUAAUCUGUUCAGUAUAGGUCAGCAUUCAGGUGAAAUUAGAACUUUGCGAACAUUCAUGGAUAGUGAUGAAUCAAAACAAACCCUAGUGAUUAUAGUGUCGGACAAUGGACCUGAUUCUCUGUCUGCCACUUGUACAGUCAGUAUAGUAAUUGGUGACGGGCUGCCAGUGUUAAACGAACUAUUUGAGUUCGCAGAUGAUUCAGAAGAUAGCGGUGACUUAACGCUCUACUUAAUUAUUGCAUUAUCAACCGUUUCCUCUCUCCUCAUCCUUUUAAUAAGUGGAGUAGUUUACUUCAAGCUCUGCCGACGUAGUUACGUUUACCGUUCCAACACUACCAAUCUCCCCGUUUUCCCCACGCCCUACUGCCCCUCUACUUUCACAGAUUUCAGCCAUUGCGGAACCCUCCUGAAAGAUGAUCGGUUUGAUUCCUUUUUGACCACGGGGUCGUGGAGAGGCGAUUUCCGUUUCAGCUCAAACACAGACACUGACACGCUGAAGCAAAGAAGCGCAGCCUAUCAAAAAAACACCCUAAGGCGCAUUAGUACAGAUAGAGCUAGUCUGAAGGUCAGGGCAGGUGCACCACAUCCCUGCUAUGUGUUCACUUGAGAAAUGUCUAUUUAAACAUCUCUGUGCUGUGAUUUACAUUUGGACCAUCUCACUGUAUGGGCAAAAUGGUUUUAACCUACAAAAAUACGCCCUGUACUUGUGUGCUUUUAAAUUAUAUAUAUUUUGUGUGUUUAUUUAUUCAUGUGUUCCUAUUUUUACAAAUAACUUUGCAGUCUUAUAAAUAUGUGCACAACAUGUUCUUGAAACUUUCCAUGAAUGCAUUUCGCCGUCCCCCACCGGAGUUUGAACAUUCAACUGUAUCUUAAUAAUCCUAUGACUAGUCUAACUUAUGAUGUACUUUUAGUUAUAUAUAGUAAUAGCAAUAACUAUGUACUAUGUAUGCAUCAGUUUUGUGCGGUGUAUGUUUUACAGAGUGAAAAUAUUUUUGACUGAUAAUUGUUUAUGGUAAUCUCUUUCAAACUUGUUUUGUUUGCGAUCCAUACAAGUCAGGGACACAUACUGUCUUGCAGGUGUACUUGGUCAUUUUACAUCCCCCUUUUCUCCCAUUUUCUUAUUUAUUAAAUACAAAUAUAUGCACUUUGUGACUUUGUGAAGCCAUAUGCCAAUGUUGACAUGCUAUAUUUACUGCUGACAAUUUUUCAUAGUACUUUGUAACGUUUCAAAAAAUGAUUUUUUCUUAUUUUUAUUUUUUGUGUAAUCAGUAUUUAGGUAAAGCCAUGCAUUGCAUGAAAUGAACAAUGACAGGAUACACUGUAUGAAUGAUUAAAAAUAAACUUGAAGACAAUAUUUUGCUUCCA